CUGUAUUCGUUCCUUCUAUUCGGUGCAGCCAUCACCUCUACCCUACUGAUGCACCACAAUCAGGACACCCUCAUACGAGGAUCAAUUUUACCCAGGUCUGGCCUGAAAGCAGCCAUCUAUAGAAAAGUGCUUCGACUGAGCAGUGGAUCUCGACGUCACUACACGAUGGGUGAGCUCUGCAACCUGGCGGAAGUGGAUUCACAGCGCAUCUUUGAGCUCGUCUGGAGCAUCAACAGCCUGUGGAGCUACCCCCUGAGGAUCGCCCUGACUGUGGCCCUGCUCUGGCAGUACCUGGGAGCGGCCUGCCUGGCGGGAAUGGCCCUCAUGCUCGUCCUCAUGCCCCUUACCGGACUGCUCGCCGUUUACGUUCAUCGCGUACAGAGAACACAAAUGGAGUGGAAGGACUCCAGAUUGCGGCAGAUGAGUGAAAUUUUAAACGGAAUCAAGGUUCUGAAGCUGUUCGCUUGGGAACAGCCCUUCAUGGAACGUGUGGGUGAUGUCCGCCAAUCAGAAGCCGUAUCCAUCAAGAAGCUGGCCUUUCUCAAUGGCACGAUCCUCUUUCUCUGGAUAUCGGCACCCUUUUUGAUCGCAGUGAGCAGUUUCGUGACGUAUGUGCUGAUGGACGAAAAGAAUGUUCUGGAUCCGAGCAUCGCCUUCGUCUCCCUCACCCUCUUCAACAAGUUGCGAAGCUCCAUGUCUGCUGUCCCGCAAGUCAUCGCGGAAGUUGUGCAGAGCAGGAUCGCCUUCAAGAGGGUCACGGAUUUCCUGUUGAGUGACGAGAUUAAGCCGGACGCAGUCGAAAGUGACACCACAGUGGGCAACGCCGUGGAGAUCGAUGGCGGGAGCUUCAGCUGGGUCGGCGGAGAGCCGCCCUUCCUGCGUGACGUCACGAUGUCUGUUCCUCGGGGGAGCCUGACGGCGGUGGUGGGGCGCGUCGGAGCCGGUAAGAGCGCCCUCUUUUCCGCCGUGCUGGGAGAGAUGGUGAAGUGCGGGGGCGCAAUCAGAGUCAUGAAGGACAUCAGGAUGGCUUACGUCGCGCAGCAGGCUUGGAUCCAGAACGCCACUCUUCGUCAGAAUGUGCUGUUCGUCAAACCAAUGGACAGGAAACGAUACGACGCCGCCCUGCACAGGUGCAGCCUCAAGCAGGACCUGCAGUCGCUGCCGGACGGCGACCUGACGGAGAUUGGGGAGAAAGGUGUGAACUUGAGCGGCGGUCAGAAGCAACGAGUGAGCCUGGCCCGAGCUCUGUACCAGGAUGCAGACUUGUACCUUCUGGACGAUCCCCUGAGCGCAGUGGAUUCCCACGUGGGAAACCACAUUUUCAAGUACGUUAUUGGACCAAAUGGAGCACUGAGAAAGAAGACGCGCAUCUUGGUGACCCACGACCUGUCCGUCCUGCCGGAAGUGGACCAGAUCUUCCUCAUGUCCGAGGGCCGGAUCCUGGAAUCCGGCACCUACGAGCAGCUGCUGGAACAGAAGGGGGAGUUCUUCAAUCUCAUCGAGGAGUACAAGAAGGACCAGGCGGAGAAAGAAGAUGAUGACAAAGAAAGCGUGAGCCUGUCCCGCCAAAAUUCCGAUGAUGUAUCAGAGCUGAAGGCGCAGAUGGUCCUCACCGGAUCCCGCCAGUUGUCUCGCUCUAUGUCCCGACAGCUGUCCCACACAGACGACUCCAAGGACACGCCACGGAAGACCAGGACGCUCAUAGAAAAGGAGAAAGUUGAAGUUGGAAGCGUAAAAGCUAACGUGUUCUGGACGUACAUCCGCAACGCUUCACUUCCCCUGACUUUGUUGACACUGCUGGGAUUUGUAGCUUAUCAGAGUUUUGAAGUGGGUUCGAACGUCUGGCUGGGAGCAUGGAGCAGCGAUGAACCCCUUCCCGAUGGAUCCCAGGAUGUCUCGCUGAGGAACAGAAGAAUUAUUGUGUACGCUGUUCUUGGAAUAGCACAAGGUUUGUCGGCUUUGCUAGCAUCUUUCGUGUUAGCCGUCGGUUCUACUCGAGCUUCGAUCCGUUUCCAUCGAACCAUGCUGUGGAGUGUCCUUCGCUCUCCCAUGUCCUUCUUCGACACCACCCCCAUCGGCAGGAUCCUCAACAGGUUCGGCAAAGACAUCAACACGGUGGACGUGUCAGUGCCCUUGUCAUUGAGCAACGUCAUGACGGCCAUGGUGUCUGCCGCGGGAGCAGUACUCAUCAUCUGCGUCAACCACCCCAUCUUCCUGCUCAUCCUGGUGCCUCUGGGGGUCGUGUAUCUCUUCCUCCAGUUUUUCUACAUGGCCACUUCUCGCCAAGUUCGGCGACUGCACUCUGUGACCAUGUCUCCAGUCCUGAGUUUCUUUUCGGAGACAGCCUCGGGUACCAGCACGGUGCGGGCUUUCGGGGCCGAAUUCACCUUCGUCGACAGACAAGACAAGCUCAUCGACACCAACUGCGUCGUCUUCCUCAACACCACCCUCGUCAACAGGUGGCUUGGCAUCAGAUUGCAGCUAAUGGGUGGAACUAUCGUUUUAAUCGCCGCCCUCUUGACAGUGGCCCAGCGAGGAACAUCGAGUGCUGCACUUGUUGGACUUACGCUGACUUACGCCUUAAGUGUCACCGACAUUCUGGCGACGAUGGUGAGGCUGAUGACUCAACUCGAAACCCGAAUGGUAUCCGUGGAAAGAAUCAAAGAGUAUUCCUCGUUGUCGUCUGAGGCUCCUUGGGAGACGGGCUGUCAGUUGAGUCUGGAAGACUGGCCGAGAGAAGGCGCUAUUACUUUACGAGAUUACAAAAUGCGCUACAGAAUGAAUACAGAGCUCAUCCUCAAAGGUGUCAGCGUUCACAUACCAGCAGGACAAAAGGUGGGUCUCGUGGGCCGGACGGGAGCUGGGAAGAGUUCUCUGGCUUUGGCGCUCUUCAGGAUAGUGGAGCCAGACGAAGGAACCCUCCUUAUUGACGGCGUUGACGUUGCCAUGCUCGGACUCCACGAUCUGAGGGCGAAGAUUACUGUCAUACCACAGGAUCCAGUCAUGUUCAGCGGAAGCCUGCGAUUGAAUCUGGACCCCUUGAACCAACACUCUGACCAGGAGCUGUGGUCAGCCAUUGAACAUGCUCAUCUGAAGGACUUCAUCAGUGGACUGGACGGCGGACUGAAUUUUCCUGUUGCAGAGGGAGGACAGAACCUAAGUGUCGGUCAGCGUCAGCAGCUAUGUUUGGCCCGUGCUUUGCUCAAGAAGUCCAAGAUUCUUGUGCUCGACGAAGCGACUGCUGCCGUAGAUAUGGCUACUGACAAACUCAUCCAAGGCUCGAUACGCAGAGAAUUCGCAGACUGCACAGUCAUCACAAUAGCGCACAGACUUUACACUGUAUUGGAUUAUGAUAGGUGA